GUAUAUAAUCAGUGCUGUUGUAUAGAGUUUUCCUCCAGCUGAAGUGAGGAUGAGUCGAUCGACCGGCCUCCUGCAGCAGAUGACCAUAUUCAUCACUGUAGUGACCGGCGGCGGCUGCGCUAUGAUGUAUUACCUCAUGCAGAAAAAUUUUGCAAAAGCAGAGUACUACCGUCAGGCCCUUGAACAACUGAACAAUAAUUCCACAGCCAUGGCCAGUCUGGGCGCUCCUCCUCUAAAGAUCCACAACAUCCAUUUAUCUGACCGCCACAACCGCAUGGACCACAGCAGCGCUCAGCUGAAGAUCCCAGUUACCGGCUCAAAGACUGGAGGUUAUCUCUACACAACGUCCACCAGAGACACUCUCAUGAACAGAUGGCUCCUCCAGCAAGUGUUCCUAAAACUGAGGGAAGGAGAAACCAUUGAGAUUUUCAACAAGACGGAAUCUGAAGAGUAACUUUAUACAGAAGC